CCGUUCGCGUGCCGUUCUGGCGAAGCGUCUCGCGGAGGAUUGUGGGUGCGAGUCCACGUGAGUCUGCGCGAGGAGUCCGCUGGGUAUUUGGUUUCUUCAGUAAGAUUUCAAAAUGUCAUCCAAACAAGAAAUAAUGAAUGACCAGCGCUUUAGGCGGGUUUCAAAGGAUCCUAGAUUUUGGGAAAUGCCUGAAAAGGAUCGAAAAGUCAAGAUUGACAAGAGAUUUCGAGCCAUGUUUCAUGACAAAAAAUUUAAGUUGAACUAUGCUGUUGACAAAAGAGGGCGGCCCAUCAACCAUAGCACUACCGAAGACUUAAAACGUUUCUAUGACCUAUCAGAUUCUGAUUCCGAUCUCUCUGAUGAAGAAGGCAAAGUAUUGAACCAAAAGAAAAUAAAGAAGAAAACUCAAACCAGUAAAGAAAUUAGUUCACAGAAUUUGACUGAAGAACAAAAGAAAGAAAUUAAGCAAACGGACCAAAAGGAUUCUGUAAAUAAAAAUGAUUUAGAUAAUUCUAAAAAAUAUCAGAAAAUGAAAAACUUAUGUAAAUCGAAGAAGAUAGAUUCAGAAAUAAGUCCCAAGAAGAAUAGUGGUGAAUUUACACAAAAAAGCACAAAAGAGAAAAGAAAUACUGAACAUAGCACAGACACCUUUCCCAAAGGAAAACUCAGGACAGCAGACUUGAGCAGCUCUGAAAUUGUGAAAUGUCCUAUGAUCAGUUGUAACAAGACAAAAAGAGAAAAACAAUCAGCAGGAAACAGUAAUGGAAAGAUGUUUGAUGAAGAGUCUGUGGAGGAAGAUUCAGACAGUAUGAGUGAAAUAGGAAGUGAUGAGGAAUCUGAAAAUGAAAUCACAGGUGGUGGUGGAGCUUCAGCUGAUGAUGAUGAAAGUGAAGUUGAUGAAGAGGAAGAAGAAGACAGUGAAGAUGAUGAUGAAAGUGACAGUGGCCCUGAUCUUGCAAGGGGGAAAGGAAAUAUUGAAACUAGUUCUGAAGAUGAAGAUGAUUGGGCUGAUAUAUUUCCUGAAGAACCUGGCUUUGAGCAUGCUUGGAGAGAAUUAGAUAAAGAUGCUCCUCGAGCUGAUGAGAUUACACGUCGAUUAGCAGUUUGCAACAUGGACUGGGAUAGAUUAAAAGCAAAAGAUUUAUUAGCUCUGUUCAAUUCAUUUAAACCGAAAGGAGGUGUUGUAUUUUCUGUAAAGAUAUAUCCUUCCGAGUUUGGAAAAGAGAGGAUGAAGGAAGAGCAAGUUCAAGGACCAGUAGAAUUACUAAGUAUUCCUGAAGAUGCCCCUGAAAAGGACUGGGCCUCUAGAGAAAAGCUGAGAGAUUAUCAAUUCAAACGUCUGAAGUAUUAUUAUGCAGUAGUAGACUGUGAUUCACCUGAAACAGCAAGUAAAAUUUAUGAGGACUGUGAUGGUCUGGAAUUUGAAAGCAGUUGUUCUUUUCUAGAUCUAAGGUUUAUACCAGAUGAUAUUACUUUUGAUGAUGAGCCCAAGGAUAUAGCUUCAGAAGUGGAUUUAACAGCAUAUAAACCAAAAUACUUCACAUCUGCUGCAAUGGGAACAUCAACGGUGGAGAUCACUUGGGAUGAGACUGACCAUGAAAGAAUCACAACACUUAACAGAAAGUUUAAAAAAGAAGAGCUUUUGGACAUGGAUUUUCAAGCCUACUUAGCUUCCUCUAGUGAGGAGGAAGAGGAGAUAGAAGAGCUACAAGAUGAUGGAGUCAUUGUAGAAGAUGGGAAAACAAAGAAAACUCAGAAGGAUGAUGAAGAACAAAUUGCUAAAUACAGGCAGCUCUUGCAGGUUAUUCAAGACAAAGAAAAGAAAGGCAAAGAAAAUGAUAUGGAAAUGGAAAUUAAGUGGGUUCCAGGUCUCAAAGAAAGUGCAGAAGAGAUGGUCAAAAACAAAUUGGAAGGAAAGGAUAAACUGACACCUUGGGAGCAAUUUUUAGAGAAGAAGAAAGAGAAAAAAAAACUGAAAAAGAAACAGAAGGCUCUUGCUGAAGAAGCCAGUGAUGAUGAACUUCCUUCGGAUGUUGAUUUGAAUGACCCAUACUUUGCUGAAGAAGUUAAAAAAAUAGGUAUGAAGAAAAAAUCAAUGAAAUCUUCAAAAGAUGGCCCAUCUCCUGAGGAAGAAGCUGAAUUAGAAAAGCAAAAGGCUGAAAUGGCUUUACUUGUGAUGGAUGAGGAAGAAGAUGGUAAGAAACACUUCAAUUACAGCAAGAUUGUGGAGCACCAGAAUCUGAGCAAAAAGAAGAAAAAACAGCUUAUGAAAAAGAAAGAAUUAAUAGAGGAUGACUUUGAGGUAAAUGUUAGUGAUGCACGGUUUCAAGCAAUGUACACUUCCCACUUGUUCAAUGUGGAUCCCUCAGAUCCUAACUUCAAGAAAACAAAAGCAAUGGAAAAGAUCCUGGAGGAGAAAGCUCGCCAAAGAGAACUAAAAGAACAAAAACUUACUCAGACAAUAAAGAAAAAGGAGAGUGAGAUUGAAAAUGCACCACAGAAGAAGUCCAUUGAUCCUGCCUUGUCAAUCCUGAUCAAAUCUGUAAAAAACAAAACAGAACAAUUUCAAGCAAGAAAAAAACAGAGAGUCAAAUAACCUGAUAUUGUUUCUUUGGACUGAGAAUGGAUUCUCCUAAAUUGUGCAGAAAAAGCAGAGGGACUAUCAGGACUGUGAACAAGUUACAAAGUUUGUUCCCAUACCAGCCUGUUGUACCUAAUUAGGGAUACACUGACUUUAAUACACAUUUUCACAGAUUAA